AUGGCAAGGUUAGUCUUCAUUAACAGCACUUUUCUACGGAGACCUGAUCUCCCAUUAGAAAAGCAGCUUGAAACGCACGACCUUGCAAUACCGCUCCCCAAAUGCUAUCAGGAUAGUGACCAAGAAGUCUUCCGCAUGCUCGUCCUUUCUCCAUCUGAUGUCCAGCCUCCCGCGAAUCCAAUGCCUCGAAUCGAAAGGUUGUAUCACCAGACAGGUGGUCGACAAGUUGGAAUCAUCUUCCUGCUACAGGAAAAGGCCUCGAGGGGAGGUGGAUUUGUCGCAUACAUGAAUCUGCAGGCCAGUCUCUUUUCUGCAUUCGAAAUGCCCGUCAUCCCUCUGUUUUUGCUCUCUUCCCUCCAGCAUACCCUUGUAGCAUUCUCUCGACAGCUCGUUCACGCCCGUAUAUCUCCACCAGCUCCCCAUAUCAAUCCCGGAACUGCUCUACUGCCGUACUGCACCCUCAACCCACCUAUUCCAGAGCAUCCCAGGAAUGUACUCAGCGAAGCAUGCCACAGCUUGUCUGAAUUAUCCCAGGCGGCGACAACGCGAGAAGGGCGGGCGGCACUUCGUGAUCUGGUAGCAGAGCCAACAGGUGCUAUUGCAGAGGAUAUCUUCGGGUUCUGGGAGCAGGAGUUCAUUGCAGAAUGA